CCUGAGAUGGCUAAGCACAUUCACAUUAUCCGACAAGCAUCCUCUACAAUCAAACCUUCUUACCAACGCGACUUUAUCAAUUUAGUAUCGGCGAUGGAAGUGCACAAGAGCAAGUCAGCUGAGAAAUUUCUUGGCACUGUCCUCGUUACCGGAGGUUGCGGCUUUGUUGGAUCGUUCAUCACUGAGGCUUUUGCCGCAGAACCAUCAUGCGACCGCGUCGUAGUCGCAUCACGAAACCCAAACAAGUAUCGGGUACCGCAGGUUGAUUACCACUCAUGCGAUUUUACGGAUGUUUCACAGGUCGAAAAUCUUUUGGAUGCAGUCAAACCAAGAGUCAUCGUGCAUACGGUUUCACCAGGGCCGUUUGCGCUGCCCAGCAAACAGUAUAAAGUAUCCUAUCAAGGCACUAAGACGUUAUUAGAGAUUGCCAAACGACACACAGCUAUACGAGCGUUUGUUUGGACAAGCUCUGGCAACGCUGUGAAUUUGAGACCCGAAAUGAACCAUCAGCCCUCGAAUGAGAUUGAAGCUGAGGUCAACGACUGGAAGUCUCCAGCUUCAGCUUACAGUUGUGCAAAAGGCGCCACGGAGACUUUUGUGUUAGGCUCAAAUACAGACGCCACUACCGUUGAUUUCUCGGAGAAUGCAGAUUGGCAUAUGAAACUAGUCACAACCAGCAUACGAAUAACUGGACUGUAUGGACCGAGAGACAUGACGACGGUCGGACAGAUGAUCAGUUUAGUCAAUAAGUUUGCCGCGCGCAUCCAGAUUGGACCAAAUCGCCUCCAGCAUUCCUGGUGCUAUGCAGAAAAUGCAGGGCACGCCCAUCUUAUCGCUGCAAAAGCGCUCCUCGAUGGCAAGCAUCUUCAUCCAGACAUGCGUGUGGAUGGCGAAGCUUUCUUUAUCGCAGAUCCCACUCCAAUGAAGAUGUGGGACUUUGAAAGAAAACUACUGCAAAUAGCCGGAGAUCAGUUUUGCAACAAGCCUACAGAUCAACAGAGACUGAUCGUGAUUCCUUUUGGUGUCAUGAUGAUGAUUGCGUGGAUAAGCGAGUGGCUGUAUUGGGUCUUUACACUCGGGAGUAAAAGGCCAUUGAUGACGAUGGAUCAUUUCGAGAUCAUGUCACGGGGGUAUUGGUUUUCAAUAGAGAAGGCCAAAAAGAGAUUGGGGUAUGUUCCUGUUUGUGACACUGAAGAAGGGCUCAGACGAAGUGUUGAGUGGUUUCGCGAUAACAAGAGAUGA